AAAAGCACCCGCUUUAAUCUUGGCCAGACUCCUUAUCCCCUAGCGAAGUGGGGAGCCUUCGGCAGCUAUGUCCGCCUUGGGGGCCCCGUCACCUCACCAUUCCCUGGGUACCCAAGCUGGGGUUUAGCACGGGUCAACAGCCAAGGUGCUGUGGUCGGAGAGAAGCAGUCCCUCCGAUGGAGGGAGCAAAGAUGGAGCGGCGGGAGCAGCAGCCCGGGCCUGGUGCGACACCAACCUUGGCCUUCACUGUGGAGAACGUGGAGAAGGCACUGCACCAACUCUACUAUGACCCCAACAUUGAGAACAAGAACCUGGCUCAGAGGUGGCUGAUGCAGGCCCAGGUCUCCCCACAGGCCUGGCACUUCAGUUGGCAGUUACUGCAGCCUGACAAGGUGCCCGAGAUCCAGUACUUUGGGGCCAGUGCCCUGCACAUCAAGAUCUCUCGCUAUUGGAGUGACAUCCCUGUUGACCAGUAUGAAAGCCUAAAGGCACAGCUCUUUACUCAGAUCACCCGCUUUGCUAGUGGCUCCAAGAUUGUGCUGACUCGGCUCUGUGUAGCACUGGCCUCGCUGGCUCUCAGCAUGAUGCCUGACACUUGGCCAUGUGCUGUGGCAGAUAUGGUACGGCUUUUCCAAGCUGAGGACUCACCAGUGGAUGGCCAGGGCCGCUGCCUGGCCCUGCUUGAGCUACUGACAGUGCUGCCCGAGGAGCUCCAGACCAGCCGCCUGUCCUUAUACCGGAAAGGACUGGUGCGGGCCAGCCUGGUGGUGGAGUGUGGAGCUGUCUUUCCGUUGCUGGAGCAGCUGUUACAGCAACCCAGCUCCCCCAGCUGUGUGCGUCAGAAGGUACUCAAGUGCUUCUCCAGUUGGGUGCAGCUGGAAGUGCCACUGCAGGACUGUGAGGCACUCAUUCAAGCUGCCUUCACUACCCUGCAAGACUCAGAGCUCUUUGACAGCAGUGUGGAAGCAAUCGUUAAUGCCAUCUCACAGCCAGAUGCCCAGAGGUAUGUGAACACACUCCUGAAACUUAUCCCACUGGUGCUGGGACUGCAGGAACAGCUGCGACAGGCUGUGCAAAAUGGGGACAUGGAGACCUCCCAUGGCAUCUGUCGUAUUGCUGUGGCCCUGGGCGAGAACCAUUCCCGGGCCUUACUGGACCAGGUGGAGCACUGGCAGAGCUUCCUGGCACUUGUCAACAUGAUUAUGUUCUGCACAGGCAUCCCUGGCCAUUAUCCUGUCAAUGAGACCACCAGCUCCCUAACCCUCACAUUCUGGUACACGCUGCAGGAUGACAUCCUGUCCUUUGAGAUGGAUAAGCAGACCAUGUACCAGCAGAUAUACCGGCCGGUCUACUUCCAGCUGGUGGAUGUACUUCUACACAAAGCCCAGUUCCCUUCUGAUGAGGAAUAUGGUUCCUGGUCCUCAGAUGAGAAGGAGCAGUUCCGAAUUUACAGGGUGGACAUUUCAGACACACUCAUGUAUGUCUAUGAAAUGCUGGGGAAUGAGCUGCUCAGCAACCUCUAUGACAAGCUGGGCCGUUUGCUCACCAGCUCAGAGGAGCCCUAUUCUUGGCAGCAAACAGAGGCCCUGCUCUACGGCUUCCAGUCCAUCGCGGAGACCAUCGAUGUCAAUUAUUCUGACGUAGUGCCCGGACUCAUUGGCCUCAUUCCACGGAUCAAUAUCAGCAAUGUGCAGCUGGCUGAUACUGUCAUGUUUACCAUCGGAGCUCUGUCUGAGUGGUUGGCUGACCACCCUGUGAUGAUCAACAGCGUUCUGCCCCUCGUAUUACAUGCCCUGGGCAAUCCUGAGCUUUCCAUAUCCUCUGUGUCCACCCUCAAGAAGAUCUGCCGAGAGUGCAGGUAUGACCUGCCACCCUAUGCUGCCAACAUUGUGGCUGUCUCCCAGGAUGUGCUGAUGAAACAGAUCCACAAGACAAGCCAGUGCAUGUGGCUGAUGCAGGCGCUGGGCUUCCUGCUGUCAGCUCUACAGGUGGAGGAGAUCCUUAAGAACCUGCACUCUCUCAUCUCGCCCUAUAUCCAGCAGUUGGAGAAGUUGGCAGACGAGAUACCCAAUCCCUCCAACAAGUUGGCCAUUGUCCACAUCUUGGGGCUUCUCUCCAACCUCUUCACCACACUGGACGUCAGUCACCACGAGGAUGAGAAUGAAGGCCCUGAGCUCCGGAAGCUGCCAGUGCCACAAGGACCCAACCCCGUGGUGCUGGUACUGCAACAAGUCUUCCAGCUCAUCCAGAAGGUGCUGAGCAACUGGCUGAAUGAUGCUCAGGUGGUGGAGGCGGUAUGCGCCAUCUUUGAGAAGUCUGUCAAGACACUACUAGAUGACUUUUCUCCCAUGGUGCCUCAGCUGUGUGAGAUGCUGGGUCAGAUGUAUAGCACUAUUCCCCAGGCUUCUGCUCUUGACCUCACAAGACAGCUGGUCCACAUCUUUGCUCAUGAGCCUGCCCACUUUCCUCCAAUUGAGGCCCUUUUCCUGCUCGUCACCUCCGUCACACUGACUCUCUUCCAGCAAGGGCCCAGGGAUCAUCCUGAUAUUGUUGAUUCAUUUAUGCAACUCCUGGCACAGGCUCUGAAGCGGAAGCCAGAUUUGUUCCUGUGUGAACGAUUGGAUGUCCAAGGUGUAUUCCACUGUGCUGUGCUGGCCCUUAAGUUCCCUGAGAUGCCCACUAUCAAGGCCUCCUGUAACUUAUUUACAGAGCUCCUGCCUCGGUGUGGGGAAAUCGAACCUAUAGGAAAGGUGGUACAGGAAGAUGGCCAGCUGCUGCUCUUGACCGUGCUAGAGGCCAUUGGGGGCCAGGCCUCUCGAAACCUAAUGGACUGCUUUGCCGACAUCAUAUUCGUCCUGAACAAACACUGCUUCAGCCUCCUGAGCGUGUGGAUUAAGGAGAUCCUGCAGCGUCCUCACUUUCCCUCUGCCCGCCUCACCCCUGAAGAGAAGGCCACCUUCAGCCAGCAGAUCCUUCGUGAGCGUGUGAACAGGAGGCGAGUGAAGGAGAUUGUGAAGGAAUUCACACUGCUGUGCCGGGGACUGCAUGGCACAGACUACACAGCUAACUACUGA